CAGACUUGGCAUUUCUUACCGACCGAUCAGAAAUGCCGGAUAUCGAUCACCCUCAUACUACCUCCUCACGCUUAGUCGUGAGGGCCCUAGAGGCCUAGGCGCCUGGAUACCUUAAAUAGUAGAGUGUAUCAUUCAAUUGACCGUCUCAGAAAAGUGUUGGCACAUAUUGUGAAGCACUCGAACAGGAGCACGCAAAAAUGGCCAAACACGUGCCAAGAACUUGUUAUACACGGACUACACACGAGGUCUGCGGUCAUAAACCACACUUCAGGUUAUAUUCGACGUCGCCUUCAAAGUCUCAGGCAUGUGCAAAUGGGCCAUUAACAGGCGUCAAGAUUCUGGACAUGUCCAGAGUUCUGGCUGCGCCUUUUUGCACUCAGAUCCUUGCUGACUAUGGUGCCGACGUCAUCAAGGUCGAAGAUGUAGCGAAAGGCGACGACACCAGGCACUGGAAAGUGAAAGGCGAAGAUGCGCAGUGGAAGCCCGGCUCAGGACCAAUGUCGAACUACUUCGCCUCAGUCAACCGGAAUAAGCGGUCAAUUUGCCUCAACUUGAAGCACGAGCAGGGCAGAGAGGCCUUCAUACGACUGGCAAAAGACGCCGAUGUGGUGGUAGAAAACAUGCGACCUGGAGUGACGGAAAAGCUUGGAAUCGAUUACAAAACGAUCAGCAAGGUCAACCCCGCCAUCAUCUAUGCCAGUGUGUCUGGAUACGGGCCCAGCGGUCCAAUGGCAAAGCGCGCCGGUUACGAUAUGAUUGCUGGUGCUGAGGCGGGCUUAUUGCACCUCACGGGGGAGCGAAAUGGACCUCCUGUACGCCCAGGCCUUGGUUUGACCGACAUGUGUACCGGUCUCUUCACACACGGUGCCAUCAUAGCUGCGCUGCACGCCCGCACAUUGACCGGCCGCGGGCAGAAGAUUGACGCAUCUCUGUUUGAAUCACAAAUUGCCCUGCUCACCAACGUCGCUUCGACAUGGUUAAAUAUGGGUCAAGAAGCCGAGCGCUGGGGGACACAACAUCCCAGCGUCGUCCCAUACGAUGCCUUUAAGUCGAAAGACCUAUAUUUUGUCGUUGGAGCCACGAACGACAAGCAGUUCAGGGCCCUUUGCAUGCUUUUGGGCCUCUCAGAUCUCCCUGAUGAUCCUAGAUUCAACACCAACGCCGAUCGCGUCGAGCACAGAGACGAGUUGUUCCCUUUGCUGAACAAGGCCUUCGCUGAAAAGACUACCGACGAAUGGGUCCAGGUAUUCGAAGGAAGCGGAAUGCCUUAUGCCCCCAUCAAUACAAUGGCCAAAGUUUUCAGUCAUCCUCAAACCGAUGCCCGGAAUAUGGUACAACAAAUCCCACUAGAUGCCGCCAAGUCGGGUACCAUUUCAAUAUUGGGAUCGGCUGUUAAAUUCAGCGAUACGCAGCCCACAAUUCGACGCCAACCGCCACUUUUGGGCGAACACAGCAAGGAAAUCCUCAGAGAGGUUGGCUACUCAGAAGAAACCAUUGCUGAUUUUGCCAAGCAAGCAGUGAUAUGAAAAUGCUCUUGCCUUUGUAUCAUGAGAUCAUCGAAACUUCC